AUGAACAAGUACCAGAAUGUUCUGAUACAUGUGGCUGGACUGCUGUACCUGGUACUAGACCAGGUACCUGAGACACUUGCACGGGAAGUGGUUCAUCUCCUACAAGAGUGGUAUGAGAACCCAAAACAGUGGCUCAACCUCCUUGACAUCACUAACAUAUGUCCAGUAAUUGUCAAAGAAGUAUCUCAGUUUUUCAAUACUAAAGAAAUCAUUUACAUAAGUAGUAUACAUGUGAAAAGAUAUUCUGCUCUCCUGCCACACCUCAGCUCCUGCGAGGUGGAGAUUACUAUCUCGUGUGACCCAAGUGACCUGCCUGAGCUGCCUGACCUGCUGGCUGCCCUCACCCACCACCACUGUACAAAACUGGCACUGCGGCACCACUACUAUCAUGCUGACACAACUACCUUUUCUGACAACCUACUACAACUUGUACAAUCUCGGAGUCACCUGGAGGAGUUCACUGGUUCUCUUACUUGUGAAGGCUUCAGGCUUCUACAAGAGUGUCACCAGCUGUGGUGGCUCUUCCUUGCUGUGAUGACUGACCACCAUGCUGCCUCUCUCCUGCCUCAACUACACCACACUGUCACCUCCACACUACAUCAACUUGAGUGGCUCGGUGUGAAAGUCUCAGCAGCAGCAGUGUCAGUAGCAGCAGUGACGUCACUACCCAGCACCAAGAAAGUGAUGUUGGCGCUGACUGAUGUUAGUGAUGAUAUAGUGAGUCAUGCCUGUGACCUGGCCCAGGAGCUACAACCUCCAGGAGGGUACUCGUGGAUAAAUUGUGAGAGCAGCACAGUAACAGUGGAGGGCAUCCAAGACAUGAUCCAACACCUACAUCUCCACAGUGUUAAGGUCAAGGAUGAGUUCACAGUAGAGACCAGCGUCCGCAUCACACCAGACCAGCGCGACCAGCUGCGCACCCUGGCUAAGACAACAUUCAACUGUGCCUUAAGAAUACUUGGAAGUGAGGUUCAGAAAAGUCGUAAAAUAUUUGCCUGACCUCUUUGAGGUGUAUCAGAUGACUCAGCAACUUUCCUCAGACGAUGAAGAUGUGAAAGUUUUGCUACAAGAGAAAGUCUGGAUAACUUUUCCAGGAGCAGAAAGUCUGGAUAACUUUUCCAGGAGCAGAAAGUCUGGAUAACUUUUCCAGGAGCAGAAAGUCUGGAUAACUUUUCCAGGAGCAGAAAGUCUGGAUAACUUUUCCAGGAGCAGAAAGUCUGGAUAACUUUUCCAGGAGCAGAAAGUCUGGAUAACUUUUCCAGGAGCAGAAAGUCUGGAUAACUUUUUCAGGAGCAGAAAGUCUGGAUAACUUUUUCAGGAGCAGAAAGUCUGGAUAACUUGCCUGUGUUAGGAAGUCUGGAUAACUUGUCAAGGCCAGGAAGUCUGGAUAACUAGUCCUGACUAUUAAGCCUGGAUAAUUUGUUCACACCUGUAAGACAAUAUAUCUAGUAACCCAGGAUAACUUUCAAACCAGUAAGCCAGGAUAACUUUUGCCUACAAGUUAGCCAGUAUUUUCCAACCAGUUAUCCAGGAUAACAUCUUCAACAAGUCUGGAUGUUUUAUCUCUUAUUUUCUAAUUCAUUAUAAUUUUAAAAUUAUAAAUAUUGUUCAAUGUUUACUGUGACUCUUGACAUUGUCAAGAGUCACAGUAAACAUUGAACAAUGUCAAGAGUCACAGUAAACAUUGAACAAUGUCAAGAGUCACAGUAAACAUUGAACAAUGUCAAGAGUCACAGUAAACAUUGAACAAUGUCAAGAGUCACAGUAAACAUUGAACAAUGUCAAGAGUCACAAUAAACAUUGAACAUUGUCAAGAGUCACAGUAAACAUUGAACAAUGUCAAGAGUCACAGUAAACAUUGAACAAUGUCAAGAGUCACAGUAAACAUUGAACAAUGUCAAGAGUCACAGUAAACAUUGAACAAUGUCAAGAGUCACAAUAAACAUUGAACAUUGUCAAGAGUCACAGUAAACAUUGAACAAUGUUCAAUGUUUAUUGUGACUCUUGACAUUGUUCAAUGCUUACUGUGACUCUUGACAUUGUUCAAUGUUUACUGUGACUCUUGACAAUGUUCAAUGUUUAUUGUGACUCUUGACAAUGUUCAAUGUUUACUGUGACUCUUGACAUUGUUCAAUGUUUACUGUGACUCUUGACAAUGUUCAAUGUUUAUCGAGAGUUUUAGCAUUGUCCAGGGUUAAACUAUUCUAGUUUGUUAGUUGUUCACACUACUGUUCCCAUUACUGUUAAUAUAUCUAAUAUAGAAAAUAAAUUCCCAUAAUUAUACUGUAUAUUUUUAUAAUGUAAAUAUAUAUAAUUAAUGCAUUACUGUUCUAAAUUGUAUUUUGAAUAGAAUCAACAGGGUUCCCUUUUGCGCCUGCGCGGAUGUGCGGGGGGACAGGUCGACACAGGGCAUCGGGGUAGUGGCAGUGUUUUGAAUGUAGUGAGGAGGCUGUGAAAACAUGGGACCAGGAAAUUGGAGUUCACGGCGGCCUAAGGAUUAAAAUAGGCCUCACUUCAUAAUAGGAAGUGUCGUAACUGUUCCUGGUGAUGAGUGAGGGAACGUGAUUUACGGGACCACCGUAAUAAAGUGGUAAAAUGAGUGUAUAAUGGAAGGACCGGUGGCGACUGGUGAGUCGCCAUGGACUAUGUCCCGGGGAAAAAUACCCGUGGUUUAAUCAUCACUCAUCGGUCUCAGAUCUUAAUGGAUUGGCCUCCAAUAUGUAUAAUAAUUAGGAGACAUUAAACCGUAUGGUGGGCUAAGAAGAAAUCAGUGAUAAUAACACCAAGUUAAGAGAAUGUGUGAAGUGAAAUGAGUCGCCGUUCUCAGAGUGAGCAUCUGUUUAUCUCGUGUUCCUGUCUCGAGCAUAGUGAAGUUUUUAUGGAGUCACGACUUCUAAACCGGGACAAACCAACGGAUACCUCGUCCUGCUGGAAUAAGAACCGUGUCGGUGUAGCAGGACAUCGAAAUGUAAUGGCGAAUGGAGGAAAUAAGGAGCAUCAGUCACCCACAGUUAAGUAACCCUUCUAGUUAUAACAGACUGAUACUGGCCAGUUAGGUAUGUUGUAAUUGGAUAGAUUGUGGGUGAUCCAGCUACAUCAAGUGACCACCAGAGAAUAUCUGGUAAGUGGUGGGAUUAUGUACAAGUGUUUUUCCUUGAUGGAUGUAUCCAUGUGUAACCUACCCCCCCCCCCCCCUUCAAUCAGUUAAACUAAUAUAAUCUAUACAGUCCACAAUUAAUUAGUAGCGCCGUACUUGAGGGUGCUACCCAAUUUAUACUGGUCUCGGAUAGAUAUGGAUAAGAUUGUGAGGGUCGAGGGGCCACCUACAGUGACCAGAGGUGGUUAAGUUUUCUCACAUGUCUACACGGGGUGACUACGGUAAACAAUAUAGUUGUUGUCUCCCAAGGAGAUUACUUGUAUGCAUGUAAUGUUGAGGUAUGUACAGGUAAUCACCCAAGAAAUUUUUCCAUAUCUGCCAUUACUGUUAUAAUAAGUUAAUGUAUCUAACAUUGCCAUUAUAACAAGAUAAUAUAUCUAACAUUAAUAUAUCUAACAAGUUAAUAUAUCUAACAUUACUGUUAUAACAAGUUCAUAUAUCUAACAUUACUGUUAUAACAAGUUCAUAUAUCUAACAUUACUGUUAUAACAAGUUCAUAUAUCUAACAUUACUGUUAUAACAAGUUCAUAUAUCUAACAUUACUGUUAUAACAAGUUCAUAUAUCUAACAUUACUGUUAUAACAAGUUCAUAUAUCUAACAUUACUGUUAUAACAAGUUCAUAUAUCUAACAUUACUGUUAUAACAAGUUCAUAUAUCUAACAUUACUGUUAUAACAAGUUCAUAUAUCUAACAUUACUGUUAUAACAAGUUCAUAUAUCUAACAUUACUGUUAUAACAAGUUCAUAUAUCUAACAUUACUGUUAUAACAAGUUCAUAUAUCUAACAUUACUGUUAUAACAAGUUAAUAAUAAUGUUUGAACAUUGAGGUGUUUUAACUGAAUUAUUUUACCUAAAAUAACUAACAAUAAUUUAAGAAUUAAGAAAUAUGAAUGUUAAUGCAAUGAAAACUUAUUGUAACUUUUUUUCGCAGUGUUACAUAAUACUGUCCAUGUUUACACUGUGUUACAUAAUACUGUCAAUGUUUACACAGUGUUACAUAAUACUGUCAAUGUUUACACAGUGUUACAUAAUACUGUCAAUGUUUACACUGUUACAUAAUACUGUCAAUGUUUACACAGUGUUACAUAAUACUGUCAAUGUUUACACAGUGUUACAUAAUACUGGCAAUGUUUACACAGUGUUACAUAAUACUGUCAAUGUUUACACAGUGUUACAUAAUACUGUCAAUGUUUACACAGUGUUACAUAAUACUGUCAAUGUUUACACAGUGUUACAUAAUACUGUCAAUGUUUACACAGUGUUACAUAAUACAGACAAUGUUUACACAGUGUUACAUAAUACUGUCAAUGUUUACACAGUGUUACAUAAUACUGACAAUGUUUACACAGUGUUACAUAAUACUGGCAAUGUUUACACAGUGUUACAUAAUACUGGCAAUGUUUACACAGUGUUACAUAAUACUGGCAAUGUUUACACAUGUUUACAUAAUACUGGCAAUGUUUACACAGUGUUACAUAAUACUGGCAAUGUUUACACAGUGUUACAUAAUACUGGCAAUGUUUACACAGUGUUACAUAAUACUGGCAAUGUUUACACAGUGUUACAUACUGGCAAUGUUUACGCAGUGUUACAUAAUACUGGCAAUGUUUACACAGUGUUACAUAAUACUGUCAAUGUUUACACAGGGUUACAUAAUACAGGCAAUGUUUACACAGUGUCACAUAAUACUGGCAAUGUUUACACAGUGUUACAUAAUACUGUCAAUGUUUACACAGUGUUACAUAAUACUGUCAAUGUUUACACAGGGUUACAUAAUACUGUCAAUGUUUACACAGUGUCACAUAAUACUGGCAAUGUUUACACAGUAUUAUGUAAAUAAUACUAUCAAUGUUUACACUGUGUUACAUAAUAUUGUCAAUGUUUGCACUAUGUUACAUAAUAAAGUUAACGAUUUUC